GUCAACAAUCGCUGUAAUUGUCAUUUUCGUUUUCCCGUUGGGGCUGAUAGAUUCUUAUUGUUUUUAUUACAAAAUAACGAAAAUAAUUCAUUUAAAUUAGAAAUGAUGAGUACUUAAAUGAACUAAUGUAAUCUUGUAGCGGAACAUUAGUGAAAGACUUAGUAAUAAACAUUAACCAAUAACCUUAAGGUGGUAAUGAAAAUAGAUUCCCUGCGGGGUGUUUUUAUUGAUAAUUAAUAGUCUUUAGAUAAUCAAAAUGAGUUACAAUUCUGGCGGGAGCGGUAGCAAAGGCUUCGGGUUCGCUGGUUUCACGAUGCCGAAGCGUAAUCCGUCUAAUGUAUCGCUUCACGCGGUGCCUCCGCCGACGACGCCGAUGCAUGCUGUGCCGCCUCCUUCCACCGGCCUGUCGAAGCAAGGCUACUCUACUAUGAGCUCGAUUACUCAGAAUGCGGUUACUGGUAACUGGGGAUCAUUGGGCAAGAAACGAUCAAAGACUGAAGAUGAAUAUUUUGAUGAGGAUGAUGAGCCUCCAACACCAGCGCUGGCAUACAUCCCUGCUCCUGGAAGCCCUACAUAUGAAGCUGGAUCCAGUUCUAAGGCACAAGAGGAAGAUGAAGAAGAUCCCUUGGAUGCCUACAUGGCUGGCUUGGAGCAGCAGGCGGCCAAGGACCUGGUGGCCAGCAAGGAGAAUGCAGCCAGUGGGAAGGGGGACAGCGGUAGAGGCACCAGAGGAGAUAUUGAUGAAAUGGAUGAUGAAGAGAGUUAUUACAAAUACAUGGAAGAUAAUCCCUUGAAUCAGGGUGAUGAUGGUUCAGACAUGGAAAUAGAAUAUGAUGAGGAUGGCAACCCCAUCGCCCCGCCAAAGAAGAAGUUCAUAGACCCACUACCACCCAUAGACCACUCGGAGAUUGAGUAUGAGCCGUUUGAGAAGAACUUCUACACUCCACAUGAGGAUAUUGAGAAGUUGACGCCACAGCAGGUUGAGGAGCUGAAGAAGAAUUUGGGUGUGAAAAUAUCAGGCCCAGACCCACCAAAGCCAGUUAGCAGUUUCGCUCAUUUGGGUUUCGAUGAGCAGCUGAUGAAGGCGAUCCGUCGCUCGGAGUACACACAGCCGACCCCCGUGCAAGCUGCCGGUGUACCGGCCGCGCUGUCUGGUCGGGAUCUUAUAGGUAUCGCCCGCACGGGUUCUGGUAAGACGGCCGCGUUCCUGUGGCCUCUGCUGGUGCACAUCAUGGACCAGAAGGAGCUGGCGCCUGGAGACGGACCUAUUGGACUCAUCCUAGCACCCACUAGGGAAUUGGCACAACAGAUCUACAUGGAAGCAAAGCGUUUCGGCAAGGUGUACAACAUUAGGUGCGUGUGUUGCUACGGAGGCGGCUCCAAGUGGGAGCAGUGCAAGGCGUUAGAAGGCGGCGGGGCAGAGAUAAUAGUGGGUACUCCCGGCCGUGUGAUAGAUCUCAUCAAGUGCAAGGCGACCAAUCUGCAACGAGUCACGUACUUAGUGCUGGAUGAGGCCGACAGAAUGUUUGACAUGGGAUUUGAGCCGCAGGUCCGUUCGAUCUGCAGCCACGUGCGUCCGGACCGUCAGGCGCUGUUGUUCUCUGCGACGUUCCCCCGUCGCGUGGAGCGUCUGGCGCGCGACGCGCUGCACGACCCCGUGCGCGUGCAGCACGGCGCCGCCGGGGAGGCCAGCGCGCUCGUCACGCAACACGUACGGAUAUUCCAAAAACCGGAGGAGAAAUGGACGUGGUUACUAAAUCAUUUAGUCGAGUUCCUAUCAGCGGGCAGUGUGCUAAUAUUCGUCACGAAGAAGUUGGAAGCAGAGCAGACGGCAGCGAACCUUGGGGUGCAGCAGUACGAUGCUCUACUCCUGCACGGAGACAUGGAACAGGCUGACAGGAACAAGGUCAUCACCGCGUUCAAGCGGAAUGAGAACAAUAUACUCGUCGCCACAGACGUCGCUGCGCGCGGUCUGGACAUCCCGUACAUCCGCACGGUGAUCAACUACACGGUGGCGCGCGACAUCGACACGCACACGCACCGCGUGGGCCGCACGGGCCGCGCCGGGGCCCGCGGCGACGCAUACACGCUGCUCGACCGCCACAAGGACAGGGACUUCGCGGGACAUCUGCUCAGGAACCUCGAGGGCGUGCAGCAGGAAGUACCGGAAGAUUUAAUGCAGCUAGCGAUGCAGUCGGCGUGGUUCCGCAAGUCGCGGUUCAAGAAGGGCAAGGGGAAGAACCUUAACGUCGGCGGCUGUGGACUAGGGUACAAGGAACGGCCAGGGCUCCCCCCUCCCCGCGAGGAGCAGCCCCCCGCGGUGUCGCUGGACAAGUCGCACGGCCCCGCCACCGACAGACUAGCCUCACUCAAGGCUGCAUUCCGGUCGCAGUAUAAUCAGUUCACAGCAUCAACAGAUCACUCCUGGGAACAAACGAGGCCUAGUAUCCAGCCAGGGGUCAAUGCCCCCGCGGCGCAGGCGGAGGAGAAGUCAGAGGACAAAGCAGAGAGGUUGCGCAAGAGUGGGAAACGAAGCCGGUGGGAGUAGAGGGAGAGUAGAGAGAGUACUAUGUCAUUAACAUACACUGGACUUGUGUUUUGGGGAACUGAAAAAUAUAUACACACGACUAGACAUCCUAUACAAAACCAAUAUAUCAUGGUCUCGCUUUGUAUGAUCUUACGGAUCAUUCAGAGGUCAGUUUGUACUGGUUUUGUAUAGGUUGAUGUGUAGCCACGUGUGUGACAGACGUAUGUAAUUAACUAGUAAAUGGUAAAUAUAUAAUUAUGAACUGAUAGGUGUCAAGAGUACUCCAUACUUGGCCUUUUUAUAGUAUGUCUUGUGAGGUCAGCAUAUAUUAUUUAAUGUUUGUUACCAGGCGUAACCAUGUCAUGAAGAUAUAUAAGCAGGAGGUAUAUGUGUAUUGUAGUAGGUGGCGCUCUGUAGUUUCUGCCAAAGGCGUGAGUUUAAUAUGUAUGUAAUGUACGUAUAAACUAAUUGGUCUUAAUGAUUGGACCAAAUUAUAAAUAAAAUGUUAGAAAAAUGUUAUUUAUUUAGCUAAUACACUUAUUAUAUUGUUCAUCACGUUUCCCCAAAACAUAAUUUCAAAAUAGUUGUUUUUUUUAAGAGUUAAAAUAAAGUGAAAUCGUUUGGCACUUUGCAAGUGUUUUUGACUGUGGAGCUGAUGAAUUUCUUUAACUUCGAACUUUAAAAAAAUAUUAUGAUAUUUACAUAUAAAUGUGGGUUUAUGAAUUUGUGUGUGUAUGUGUAUGGAUACAGUAAUACCUUAUAGAUAUAAAAAUCUAUUGCUGUUCGUUAGUCUCGCUAAAACUCGGGAACGGCUGGACCGAUUUGGCUAAUUUUGGCCUUGAAUUAUUUGUGGAAGUCCAGGGCAGGUCUAAAAGGUGAGAAUAAUUUCUAAUUAUAAGUUUGAAAUCGCCAACCCGCAUUGAGCAAGCGUAGUGAUUAAUGCUCAAACCUUCUCCGUACGAGAAGAGGCCUUUGGUCAGCAGUGGCUACUUAUAGGCUGUUGAUAAUUGAUUGAUGUAUUAUUGUCUUGUUACUUAAGGAUUUGAUUCCUUUCUAAUGGACUUUUAAGGAGUAUUUUGCCAAGGGUUAUUCAAUAAUCAUGCCCCAAAUAAAUUAAGUAAAUUAAUAUCUCGACUUCUAAAUGUUAGGUGCUAUCAUAUCAUCGUCAUUACCAAGUAGGAGAUAGAUGUGAUGAUAUGCAUGAGUGGUGACUCUAAUAUACUUUUAACGAGUCGGAAACAUGUUUCACUUUGUCAAACUUUAAUAUUAUUAUUCACUAAAUUCUUCUUUAAAGUUUAAAAUUGUAUAUGAAUAGAUCAAUAUACUUUAUUGCUAAUUAUAGUAAUUAGCUAGAUAAUUAUAAUAACUUAUUAAAUACUAUGGGUAUUACUGUAUUCUACAUGUAUUUUGUAAUUGGGUGCUCACGUUUACACCAAAAAUAUUGUUCAGAGUAUUGCUAUCUUCUUCACUCUUUAUGAAUUCGCGAGAGAAAAAAAGUACUUCACAAUUUUGAGUGUUAUGUAAUUUGUAUCUUAUGCGUAUGUGUAUACGGGUCAAAUUACUGCAGCAGUUUCUUGCUAUAAAAGACUGGCCUAAAGUAAAUCACAAAUGUAUCUAAUUAAGCAGUAAUUUGAUCUAUCACUCUUUGAAAUAAGGUCUAUUUUUGCAUGAUUUUCGUGGUUUAUUUGCUGUCCUUGUUAUGCAGUGUGUGUUAAAAAGAGAUAGCAAUAUUUUAAGUUCAUUUUGAAAUUCGUCAUGCAAUAUUAGUCAUCUAUUAUUAAUUUAUCUUUUACCUACAACGGGGCUCCGAAACUAGCCGUUUUACAAGCGGAAUUACAGACAGCGAUUAAACAAUAAUUGUUAAUAUAUUUUUAAAUAAUAGUACGAAAUAAGAAUUAAAAUUAUGUGUAUUUUAAAUUAUAGUUCUGUUUAUGAUUUUUGUUAAUUCCGCUUAAAUAUUCGCUUAUUUCAGAGCCUGUUUUCAGCACAAUAUGUAAAAAUGUACUCUAUUGUAUAGUGUGAAGGUUGAUAUUUGUUUACUCACCAUAACGUCUCUUAUGGUUUUAAAACGGCAACUAAGAUACUUGUUUAUUUUCUUUUGAAGUGCAAUUCCCGUACAAACGAAAUAUAUUUACGUAAAUAAAUAAAUAUUGUUAUACAAUUUUAUAUAUUUUAUUGUAUAAAUACAUAUAAUAGAGCUAUUAGAGAAUUUUACUAGAAAAUUACCACUAAUUUGCAUCGAAAUCUGUUGUAGCAGAUCUAAGACCGAUUUAUAUUGAUGGCUUUAGGUGUUGUCGAGUGGCCUUAUACAAAGAAAGCUUCCAAGAAAUAUCCAAUGUACAUAAAUGAGUAUUUAUUAUACAAAGUAGAAAAUUCUUCCGUAUUUCUAUAGGCGUAACGCUUAUUCCUUGAAACUAAUAACAUAACAUACAUGGUGAAAUAUGGGAAAUUAGUGUGUGUUACAAUACCUAAUUAAUUCAAAUAUAUAGCUUACUCGUGUGAACUAAUGGAGAAAAUCUCGACUAGUUUCAAGUUAAACUAGGACUCAUAUUUAUCUUUUUCUUGCGCGGGCGUCUUGUUUGAGUCCCAGUAUGACUUGAAACUAGUCGUUUGGCAAAGUCAUGUUGCCAUGUUGUUUUAACAAUAGUUUAAUAUGGGAAUGGAACUUCCAUUAAAUAUGUUCAGCAAGACAUUAUUUAAAACUGAAUAAACAAGUAUCAUUAGUUACCAUGAUUUGUUUGUCUGUCAGCACAUAAUACAUUGUUUUUUUAUUUUGUAAAUAUAAAUAAAGUGCUAUUUAACGAAAGUGAA